UCAAAAUGACAAAACCCUAAAUCCUGGCAGGACAAUAGAGAGGGAAAGGCUGUUGAACCAUUUGGUUCUUAUUGCCGCCAGAGAGAAACAAGUAGUCGCUCCUCCAUUUUGCUGUUCUGGAAUUCUCUCUCGUCUCUACCAACAGUGACAUUUGUUCAGAUUCCUUUAAGUUUUGAGGCGUUUUCGUAAUCUCUUUUUGAAUUCUUUCUGUAUCUUCCUCUAUUCUGCUUCCUUCUAUCAACGCCUGUCAAAUACCCUUCGAAUUGCGCCUGUGACUGUUGCAGAGUAAUCAUGACUUUGUUAGAAGUAAUUAAGGAUGCUUCAAUCAAUUCAAAACCGCUUGAUUUACCUUUGGACUACCCAAUUGUUCUGAACCCAGAGAUUAUCUUACCCACUUUAAAGGCCGAAGUUAAAGAUGAAUCUUCUUCAUCACUCGUAAGGCCCCUUACUGGGUGGCAUAUUUCGCCAAAGGAUGCUGAGAUCGUUGACAUUAACAAAAAGUUCUUUACAGAGCUGAAUGCUAAGCUCAAGAACACUAAUAAUUUGGAUAAGGGUGAGUUUAUUGGUAGUUUGAAUUCUUAUCUGGAAAACAUCAGGGACAAAGCAGGGGUUGUGAUUAAGGUUGAUUCAUCCCGAAGUGAGUAUAGCAAGACUUUGGUUGAUAAGCUUGGAGUAUACAUGGGUAAAGAUGUUGCUGGCCUGGUAUUGAAUGGGUGUGUUUCUUUGGAGAUGUGGGAAGUGGUCGAGGCUUUAAUUGUUAAUGCUAUUAUUGAGCAUUCUUGCUAUUCAAACCUGGUCACCAAGUUAGUGGAAAAAAAGCAGUCUGAUUUGAUCUGUUUAUGCAUAAAGCAUGCUUUCGAUCUUGGUUCAUCAGAAAUACUCAGCAUUUUGAGGUAUUUUCUUUCUCCAUCCAAAGAUGCUUAUAACAGUAUGCUAAGUGUGAAGAAGGAGUGGAAGAGGCAAGCAGUGUUAGCCAUUGAGAUUUUAAGUGGUAGCAAGCUGAAGAGGAAGAAAUUGCUUUUGGCAAAGGAGGCUUCCAUUUUGCUCAUGAUGGCCUAUGAUGGUUUCUCUGCGUCUGAGACUUGUUUGCAUUAUCUGAUUGCAUCAUCCAACAUCAAUGACGUGAUGCUAUCUCCUUCACUCAGUAAGUUGAAUGGCAACGAAUUAAUAAAUUUGAUUCGUUAUUUAGGCAAGUGGUUGAAGAAAUACGAGAGGUUUCCUCAAGCAGGACCAUGUCCAAGAGCCUCAUCAGUUUUUGGUUUGGAGGCUUGCGAUUGGGUUCCUAAACUUGAAGAUGUUAUAAAAUGUCUUGGCUUACUGCUAGAUGAGAAAUUUUCUUCAUUGGUGUUACAUCCACUGUUUCACGAGGAGCUGAGAUCAAUUGAAGGAGUGGUUAGUUGUUUAACUGCUGAAGCCAAAAUUUGUCACUUAACGGCUGACGUAGUUGACAAACUAAAGAUCGAAGCUGAAAAUUUGUAAGCCUCUUCCGAGCGAGAUUCAUCUGAUUUAUUUUUUCUCAUCUUUGCAAAUGAUGUACUCGUACAUGAACAAUGGUCAAUGAGCACAGAUUUUUAUUUCUUUAUUAACACAACCCUCGUCCUAAUAA